CACGGGCAGACCAGCGCCCCCUGGCCCGAGUCCAGAAUCUGGUCUGGGGUCAGGGGCGGGGUCCGGGCCGAUGCCCUGCCCAGCGGGCGGGCUCAGGCCUCUGCCCGGGACUGCCGCCGCGGGGCCAAUCCCGCCUCUGGGGCGCACCGGGGCUGCCCUUCCGGGCCCGCGGCUUCCUCCAGCCCGCCCCGCCCCUCCCCUCGGCCUCUCCGGGCCGUCCCCGACCCCCACUCGGGCCCGGCCUCGCGGCGGCGGCGGCUAGACAGCGCUCCGCCGCGUCCCCGCGUCCCGAGAGCCGGCCGCGGCGCGGCAGGGGCAGCCUUCCACCACGGAGAGCCCAGCUGUCAGCUGCCUCUUGGGAAGAUGCUGUGUUGCUGGGCCAGCGCGGGUGUGGGCGUGCGUGUGCCCUUGGCCACGGCCCUGGCAGCGCUGUGGGUCUGCAUCACAGGUGCUUUGGAGGUCCAGGUCCCCGAGGACCCCGUGGUGGCCCUGGUGGGCGCCGAUGCCACCCUGCGCUGCUCCUUCUCGCCUGAACCCGGCUUCAGCCUGGCGCAGCUCAACCUCAUCUGGCAGCUGACAGACACCAAACAGCUGGUGCACAGCUUCGCUGAGGGCCGCGACCAGGGCAGCGCCUACGCCAACCGCACUGCACUCUUCCUGGACCUGCUGGCCCAGGGCAACGCGUCGCUGAGGCUGCAGCGCGUGCGCGUGGCGGACGAGGGCAGCUUCACCUGCUUUGUGAGCAUCAGGGACUUCGGCAGCGCAGCAGUCAGCCUGCAGGUGGCGGCUCCCUACUCAAAGCCCAGCAUGACCCUGGAGCCCAGCAAGGACCUGCGGCCCGGGGACACGGUGACCAUCACGUGCUCCAGCUACCGGGGCUAUCCGGAGGCCGAGGUGCUGUGGCAGGACGGGCAGGGCACACCCUUGACGGGCAACGUGACUACGUCGCAGAUGGCCAACGAGCAGGGCUUGUUCGAUGUGCGCAGCGUCCUGAGGGUGGUGCUGGGCGCGAACGGCACGUACAGCUGCCUGGUGCGCAACCCUGUGCUGCGGCAGGACGCGCACGGCUCGGUCACCAUCACGCCCCACAGAAGCCCCAUAGGUGCCGUGGAGGUCCAGGUCCCCGAGGACCCCGUGGUGGCCCUGGUGGGUGCCGAUGCCACCCUGCGCUGCUCCUUCUCGCCCGAACCCGGCUUCAGCCUGGCGCAGCUCAACCUCAUCUGGCAGCUGACAGACACCAAACAGCUGGUGCACAGCUUCGCCGAGGGCCGCGACCAGGGCAGCGCCUACGCCAACCGCACUGCACUCUUCCCGGACCUGCUGGCCCAGGGCAACGCGUCGCUGAGGCUGCAGCGCGUGCGCGUGGCGGACGAGGGCAGCUUCACCUGCUUUGUGAGCAUCAGGGACUUCGGCAGCGCAGCAGUCAGCCUGCAGGUGGCGGCUCCCUACUCAAAGCCCAGCAUGACCCUGGAGCCCAGCAAGGACCUGCGGCCCGGGGACACGGUGACCAUAACGUGCUCCAGCUACCGGGGCUAUCCGGAGGCCGAGGUGCUGUGGCAGGACGGGCAGGGCGCACCCUUGACGGGCAACGUGACCACGUCGCAGAUGGCCAACGAGCAGGGCUUGUUCGAUGUGCGCAGCGUCCUGAGGGUGGUGCUGGGCGCGAACGGCACGUACAGCUGCCUGGUGCGCAACCCUGUGCUGCGGCAGGAUGCGCACGGCUCAGUCACCAUCACAGGGCAGCCCAUGACCUUCCCUCCUGAGGCCCUGUGGGUGACCGUGGGGCUCUCUGUCUGUCUCGUUGCACUGCUGGUGGCCCUGGCCUUCGUGUGCUGGAGAAAGAUCAAGCAGAGCUGUGAGGAGGAGAAUGCAGGUGCUGAGGACCAGGAUGGGGAUGGAGAAGGAUCCAAGACCGCCCUGCGGCCUCUGAAACACUCUGAAAGCAAAGAAGAUGAUGGACAAGAAAUAGCCUGACCACGCGGGCCAGGGGUCCUGCCCUCAACAGACGGCUCCCACUCCAGCAGGUCUGCUCAUUCUCUGAAGGACAGAGUGACCUCCCCGCAGCCUUCGUUCUCCAAUGGAUGUGAUUCCCAAGUCAUCCUGCUGCCUUAUUUCUCCGGUGACACGAUACAUAAACCAUUCUGCUGUCUGGUUUCUUACGGACACCACCCCACCGCCUUAUUUCUCCAUGGAUAUGCUGCACGGACCGAGGCUGGCUGCCUCUUUUUCUCCAAAGGACUCAAUAUUCAGACUGAUCCUCUUCUGCCUUAUUUCUCCAAAGACAAGAUACACAGUCACCCCUGGCCUUCUUUCUUCAGUGGCCCUGAUACACUAGUUUUCAUUUCUCAGCCUUUUCUUCCACCCUCCCCCACCCUGGGCUCCUUUAAGCCCAUCUCCUCAGACAGGGACACUGCAGCUUCAGCAUCUCCUCGAGUCCACAGGCGUCUCCCACCUCCCCUUCCUCUGGCCCCAGCCUUUUCCCUCCCUCACUAAGUGAAUGCAGGGCCCUUCCCCCAGGCCCGCAGAGGCACACAGGUGCAUGUGCUGGAACACGUGCCAGGACAGGUAGGGACCUCCCUUGGCCCAGUCUCUCCCGUGGUGCCCUGGGCUGUGCCCUGGGAACUGCCUCCCCACGGAAAGCACGUGCUGGUCACACUGGGUGUCUGGAUGUCUGUGUGGGCCCGCUGGGGGCCAGCCCCUAGCCCCCUGCUUUGCCCUCCUCUCCUUUUGUUCACCCAUUCUAGUCAUGUUCAUCAAGCAUCCGUAGGGUGUCAGCACUGCCUUGGGCACCUGGGACAUGGUGUGAGAAGAUAGGCCCCUCCUUUAAGGAGCUUGUCCUUCAACUAGGGACCUGUGAGCAGACAGAUACCUGCCUGCUACAGUCUGUGGCUCUCGAGCAGGCUCCUGCCCUGCUCCCUACAGUACCCUCUUCUGUGCCCACAGCCUGCUGGAUACCUCAUGCCCACCGCGUCCUCAUUCCCUCCCCAGAGCAGGGGGUAGGGAUAGCAACCUGGAGACAGGGCAGAGCCUCUUGCUACAGUCGGAGAAUCUAAUGGUUUCCGAAGUCUUUCCAGGUGGGAGCAGGGGGGCAGGCGGCCACGGUACCCUGUGAGAGCAGAAGUGUAGGGGAAGCCUGGGGAUGGGGCAGGGCCAGGAGGGCACAGGGAUGCAGCCCCUCACCACUCCCUCCCACCAUGGUGCUAUUCUGGAGCCGGGAGGAUACCUCCUGGCUUGUCUCUCACCGGCCCCCAGCCUCCAGAAUGCUUCUGAUGUCCUCCCGCUGACAUUUCUUCCUUCCUCCGGGAAUGGAAGAGGUGACAUGUCUAAUUUAAAUGUGGGACUUUGAGGAAUUUUGUUAACUGGGGGUGCAGUUUGGGAAAAAUAAAUGGCUUUGUAGAAAGCUUUUUCUCCGAGAAGUGUGUGGAAGAAGGUUGGGCAGCAGGACUUGGCAGGAAGCAUCCUCUCCUGGACAUUUGAGGCCAGAGUGGGCCAGGCCUGUGUCUCCACCCUUUCAUCGUCCUUCAGUGGCUGGGCCUCUGUGACCAUGCAGCCCCUCCCUGGCCACAGUCUUCCUCCUGGGACAGUGAAGUUGGCAGUCUAGAAAGGCUUGGAUCCUCCCUUUCCCGGAAGCACCACCUAAUUUCUUUAUCUUGGGAGGCUCAGAUCCUGGGCCUGUUUAGGGCCACUUCUAGCACCCCGUUUUGUAGAUGGGGAAGCUGAACCCUAGUAGGAAGCUGAUGCCAGGAAGGAGCUCUCUCUGCAUGCUGUUGGUGACUGACCCGUUGGAAUGGGCACUGGACGUGAAUCAGAGGUCCAGGGCCGGAACCUCAUUUUACUCUGUGACCCUGAGCAGGGCAUCUAGUUUCUCUGGACCUUACUUUUCUUACAUAAGAAACAGACCUGAGGUUUUCACCAUCCUCCACCUCCAAAGACUGAGAAGAAGGGGGGAAUGUGGCAUAAGCAGGUUUCCAGGGGGGCUGGGUUCAGGGGUGUGGAAGCCUGCAGAACACACUGUGCCCAUUUGCCCCUGGGUGACAAGGUGCUGGGGCAGCAGGAGGGGCCUGUGCUGGAGGUCAGGACACUUGGCUUUGGUUCCCAGCUGCACUACUAACUUGUGACCGAGUCCUUCAUAUCUCUGACCCCUGAUUUCCUUACCCAUUAAGUAGGGCGCCGAGUCCUCCCCUGAAAUGUGCACAGCAAUCUUUACAAACCAGAGCGCCUAUUAUGAAAGCCCGUGGCCCUCGCAGUGAAACUGGUCACCCUGCUUGAAGUCCCACCACGGGUGCUCUGGGUGGAUUUUAGAAUCAAAAGACUUGUACCAGGGCUCUGCCUGUGCCCCGUACUCCCCCUUGUACCCUCGAGCUCGUUGCUCACGCCACUGGGCUAAGCUCUACCUGCCAGGUGGGGACGGCAGUGGUUCAUGUUUCAUAGAUCUCUCUGAAGGUUGGACAAGACAGUGGGUAGAGAGACAGGCAAACCAUAAAGGCCAGGGUGCAUGUGGGGGCUUAUUUUUCUUCCCUGCUGCUGGAGCUGCACUCUUACUCCCUAGGUGACUUUGUAGAUGGAGCACAGUGACCUCAGUUUGCCUAUCUGUAGAAGAGGCAUGGGAACCAGUGUUUUUUCUUUCUGACGGGGCCAGGAUAAGCCUGGAUCAAAUGUUCGCAGGAGGGACCCAGCCGGUGGGGGGGCUUUCCUGGGGACUGAGGGGUGAGGAAGGUAACCACUAAGUCCCCUGUCAUAAAUGCCCCAGAGAGCAGUAUUUUUAGCUGCCUUUCCUGGGCAAAGCUCCAACUUCUGCAUUUUAAUGGAGAAAUAAUUCUCACAGUGCGACAAGCUGUAGCCUGCAGGUGUCAUAUCCAUAUUAAAGAGGGGACAGAGCAAGGGUUCAUUUGCCUGGCUCGAGGUGUGACCAGAAUUCACCUCCAGGAGCACUUGUAAGCAGGGCUGUGAAGACCAAUUAGUGGAUCUGAUCGCUCAGAGGGAGGGGCCUGGGUGGGAGGUGAAGACAGCAGGGCUGGGGGUCCUGAGCCAUCCUGAUUGUCCUUUAACAGAGCAGCGUGCCUCUGCUCGUGCAAGAGCAGGGUCUGUGCUUUCCCCAGGUCCGUUCAAGGGGGAGGCAUCUGAACUUGCCCGUCCCAGGGGGCAGUUGCUGACUGUGUGGGCCAGUGAGCAGAGUGACUCUCACAGCUUCUGAGCUGACCAGUACCAAAGGUCCUUCUACAAAGCCCAAGUCUGAAACUGAAAUGUGAAGCCAAGGUUUGCCCCAAGUAGCAAAAUCCUGGACCUCCAAGUGCAGGGCUCUCGCAGAGAAGCAGGAGCUGAGGAAGGCGUGCAGUAAUGUGUGUGAACAUUGCAAAUGCAAACAAUAUUAUGUUAAACUAACAAAUACAAACAAAGCACCAGGGGCCCAAAAUGGCAUCGCUUCGGCCAAGUCCCUACACUGGGGCUUAAUGUGUCAUCUAAUUGCACUUUUGACCUCCCCCAAAAAUAUCGUCUUAGUAGGGAUUUUCUGUAGGGUUGCCAAUGAAUCUUCCAUGUGAGCCUUCUCUGUCUGCCAAAGGAAGAUUAGGUCAUCUGCAUGAUAAGAUCCCUGGCUUUUCCUGUUGCUUUUCUCUGCCAGGGAAAGUGGCCUUGCCUAGAACAAUUCUUUUGCCAAAAUCUUUCUUGCCCCACCCUCCUAUAAGAACCUUCCCUUUUGUACAACUUCUGGGAGCUUCCCUCUCCUAGCUUGGUGGCCUGAAUUGUUUAAUAAAGCCAAUUAGAUCUUCA